GGUUUUCUGACAGAGAUGGAGAAGAGUACUAAAAGAGCUUAAAUUUGGGCGCUUAGCCAUUUCUCUCUCUCAUCUCUUUCCCCAAUUCUCCUCCCCCUGUUUUUAGGGUUUUCUCCUUUGGUUGCUUCUUCUAGUUUUUGAGCUUCCAUAAUGAGCAACGCUAAAGAUAACUUCAACGUCGCCGAUCUUACUGCUGCUUUGAAUGCUGAGGACAGAGAUGACCUUGUUAAUGUUCUCAAAAAUAAGCUACAGGGCCUAACUGGGAAGCACUCAAACGUGCUAGAGAAUUUAUCUCCCAAUGUUAGAAAACGAGUUGAGGUUCUUAGGGAGAUUCAGACUCAACAUGAUGAAUUGGAGGCAAAGUUUUUUGAGGAGAGAGCAGCCCUUGAAGCCAAGUACCAGAAGCAGUAUCAGCCCCUUUAUGCAAAGAGAUCUGAAAUUGUUAAUGGAGUUGUUGAAGUUGAUGGUGAGGCAACUCAGACUGCUGCAGCAGAUGAGGAAGAGGAUAAAGACUCAGUCGAGAAAGGAGUUCCUGAUUUCUGGGUCACAGCAAUGAAGAAUAAUGAAGUGUUAGCUGAAGAGAUUACUGAGCGAGAUGAAGGAGCUCUCAAAUUUCUCAAGGAUAUAAAGUGGUCUAGGAUUGAAAAUCCAAAGGGUUUUAAGCUUGAAUUUUUCUUCGAGACUAAUCCCUACUUCACAAACACUGUGCUCACCAAGACGUAUCACAUGAUUGAUGAAGAUGAACCAAUUUUGGAGAAGGCAAUAGGGACCGAGAUUGAAUGGCAUCCAGGUAAAUGCUUGACACAAAAGAUUCUGAAGAAGAAGCCAAAGAAGGGGUCAAAGAACUCCAAACCUAUCACUAAAAUAGAACAAUGUGAAAGUUUUUUCAACUUCUUUAGUCCACCUCAAGUACCAGAUGACGAAGAAGAUAUUGACGAAGAUGCUGCUGAAGAACUUCAAAAUUUGAUGGAACAAGACUAUGAUAUUGGGUCAACUAUCCGAGAUAAGAUUAUUCCACAUGCAGUUUCAUGGUUUACUGGGGAAGCUGCUCAGGAUGAAGAUUACAUUGACUUAGAAGAUGAUGAGGAUGAAGAAGAUGAUGAAGAUGAAGAUGAGGAUGAAGAGGAUGAGGAAGAGGAGGAUGAAGAUGAAGAUGAUGACGACGAGGAUGAACAUGUUACAAAGACCAAGAAGAAGUCAUCUGCUGGGCGCAAGAGGAGUGGAGGAGCACCUGCAGCUGAUGGUCAGCCCGGUGAGAGACCACCUGAGUGCAAGCAACAGUAGCCAUUUGCUUGGAGCUGUUUCAAAAUCAUGGUCUUGAAAAUUGGAUGGUGUAGUGAAGAGAUUGUGCCAUUGGUUGUUUGUUAUAUAUGGAGUAUGUUAGAACAAUUUAUUGAGUCAUUUUUCUUUUCUUUCCAAUAUCUUCUGGUUUAUACUUUACAGUUUACCCUUUUUGUAGUGUGGGUGAGAUGCAAGUUGUGGUAGAAAUAGUGAGAUGUGUUAUGAUUUAUUAAAUUGUCAUGGCUUCAGAAGUUGAUUAAAACUAAUCUUCAUUACAGGGUUUAUUUUCCAGGUU